CUUAAAGCUUUUGGAAGGUUUAUGUGCUUCUUGUGGUGCGGUGACACUGAUGGCCGUCAUGAAUUAUCUGCUGGUUUCUCUUAUUUUGUUUUUCAAAAGUUUAACUUUUGUUACCUCGGAGAACACGAACCCUACUGAAAACCGAUUAUUGGGACUUUACCAAGGAGACAUCCUUCUCCGCAAUGGAACGAGUUAUUCACUUGACAGAAAUGCUGUAACUGCAGCAAAUGCUAGAUGGCCAAAUGGAGUGGUAUACUACACCUUGGAUGACAUUUACACGGAAAGUGAUAAAGAAGUUAUACGUUCAGCGAUUGAAGAAUUCGAGAAACAAACCUGCAUCAAAUGGGUGGAGAGAACAGACGAAGACGAUUAUGUGGAAAUCUAUAAUGAACAAGGGUGCUUUUCUGAACUCGGCCGAAUGGGUGGUGUCCAAUCGAUGUCAUUAGAAUCACCUAGCUGCAUGAAGAAAGGCGUAAUUAUGCACGAAAUGAUGCAUGCAUUGGGUUUCUUACACGAGCAAUCUCGUCCUGACAGGGACGACUACAUCCAAGUUCUUUGGGAUAAUAUAAUUCGAGGAAUGGAGCCUAAUUUUCAAAAAUUAUCUCCUUUGGAACUGAAUGAUCUCGGUCUGGAUUACGACUAUCGUUCGAUCAUGCAUUACACGGCUCAUAUGUUCGCUGUUGAUAGGUCGCAUCCUACAAUAGAGCCUGUCAACCAUAGAGAAUCACUGGAUAACCUUGGCUAUGGACAGAAAUAUGGUGUCUUUACGGACUUAGAUCUUCAGAAAAUAAACAAGUUUUAUGAAUGCGACAAAAAGUAACUGAACUGAACAAAUCGUGAUAAAAUCUUUUUCUGAAAUUUCGUCGACGACAUUUUAUAAUCAUAUUAUCAGCACCACAUCAAAACAACGAAUUUGCAAAAUUAUUUUUUCAAAAACGCCUAUUUUUAAAGGUUUCACAGGUGUUUGGUUUUUCAUAAAAAUGGAAUUAUGAUUUGUACAUAAUAAUUUUAUAUACAUCUUAAAGAAUUUGAAUAUCUUUAUUUUGGUAUACUAUAAAAAGCGCAAAGGGAAUCAGUUAAGUUAAAUCUGCAAAAUUUUGCAAAUUCGUGAUUUUGGUCUUUUGCUAACAGAAGAAAUAAAGAACAAAAAGAAAUGAAAAGCAGUUAUUUUUAACUUUAACUAACUCAUUUCUAUAAAAAAAAACUCAUUUGCAAUGACUAUGAAAAUUUAGAAAUUGUCGGAUUAAUCUAAAAAUUAAAUUUCAUUUACCACUUUUUAUUCAGCCUUUUUUUAUUUACCGCCUUCUUUUAGCCAUGUUUUGAAACAUAGUUGAAUACUGGUUCUUCAAAAUUGGUUUUACUUAACUGCAAAUCUUAGCAGAAAUUAAAAUUUAAUCAAAUAUUCCACAUUGAUUUCUCCUGCAAAAUCCAGCCACAAAGUUCAUUUUGAGGAAGUAAUUUCUUGCGUCACUGCAUGUAUAAAGACUGUUAUUAUUUUUAAAAAAAUGUUAUAUAGAAAUGUGAAACUGGCUAAAAAUUGUCUUAUAAUAUGGAAUAUAAAUACGAAUAAUAUGAUGUCUUCAAGGACUUAGAUCUUUAGAAAAUAAACAUUAUUUUAUGAAUGCGACAAAAAGUAAUGGAACUAAACAAGUCGUGAUAAAAUAUCUUUCUUGAAAUUUCUGAAAUAUGAUGACUUUUUUUUUUGUGUGUGUUUUAUUAUUAUUAUUAUUAUUAUUUUAUUUUUUUUAGAUCAGGAACAGUUUCAAUUCAUUGUAUUAUGCAACCAUUAUGUAUUCUUAUCUUUUAAUAACAUUGCAGAACUAUGAAAUACUAUUUAUGUCUAGACUUUAGGGGUAACUGAUAUUGUUUUGGUGUUGUAUCAUCAGGGUUCUUAAUUCUUAUUGAUUAUAUCAUACUUUUGAAGUACUUCAUCGAAAGCAAUGUAUAAAAUUUAAUAUACCGAGAUACUUUACAGAUACAUUUACAGUGUUGUUCAACGAUGAAUGUGUCCACUUAAGUAUUUGAACUGAAUAUUUCCUAAAUGCUUUAAAAAUAUUAAUCCUAUAAAAAUGGUAUUAUGAGUAAGAAAUACUAAAAAAAUAAAGAAAUACGAAAAUAAAUUACUAACUCUGUUAAAGAUAUCAAACUCCAGAAGUUUAAUUUUGUUCUGCAGUAAAAUCUUUAGUUUCGUGUGUUGGCAACAAUAGAUAUUUUUAUUUACGAAAAAAAGCGUUCCAUGAAUUUCUAAGAUAACUUGUAUUUGACUUAUAUAUUAUAUAUUAUUUAAUAUAUUUUUAUAUAUUAUUGAAUAUAUUGGUUAUUAGUAAGCAUUAAAUUUGUAAUUUUCAUAGAAUAUUAAUACACGUUUGCAGGAAAUGUUAUGUCAUAGCAUAAAUGUGAUAAAUAUAAAAUAUAUUUCUAGUAAUCCACAAAAGCUAUACUGCAAAAUGUGUUACUGUUUUCUUCUUUACACCAAUUUUCUUCUCCCAAAAUAAAAUCAAAUUGUGAUGAUAAAAUAUUUUAAUAGCACGUAAAUUAUAAUUUUUCUUAUAUGCUCUUUAUUUUAAGUUUUUCAAAGUCUGUUAGAAAUUGAAAAACUUCUUUAAUGUUUUAAAAUUUAAAAGAUAUUUUAUAAUAAUAUCUUCUAAAUCUAUCCUGUUAAUACAUUUUACAUUAAAAAGGAAAUGUAGAAACAACUGUUAUUUUAAGCAACAUGUUUAUGUUAAACAAACAAAAAGUGCACACACACACACACACACAUAUAUAUAUAUACCCCUAAAAAAACGUCAGUUCAAGUUUAAGGAACGGAUUAGAAUUGAAGCUCAAUGUUAAUUUUAUUUAGAAGUCAAGAUUUAAUACUUCGAUUUCAUAACAGCAGAUGUUAUUUUUUGGGAAAAGAAUCAAAAUAGUUUUAUGAUUGUUAUAUUUUCUAAAUAAAAAAAUAAUAAUGGUAA